AUGUCGACGAUUAUGAGAACGUUGCGCAAUUUGCGCAGUAUCGGUCUCAAGGUAAUUUGCGCUGAGAAAGAUCACGGAGCGCAGCGCUGACAAUAUCGCAGGAGUAUGGCCACCAACUUCAUGUACGAUCGCCCUUCCCUUUGCGCCGAGCUGUUUGACUUCACGACAGGAAGCCUGACUUGUCACGCAGUAUCAAGGUACAUACGAAGAGCCAGAGAUCUGACAAUGGGUGGGACUGAGAAAGAACACAGGUGAUACCAAGCGCGGUACCUUGAGGGGCAUUGACCGCUGGGGCAACAAAUACUUCGAGAACCUGGAGGAGGAAUUGCCUCGUACGUUGGAGGUGUGGUAUACCGGAAGCAUAGGUGCUGAGCUGUGAUACAGUACGAUCGCGCUGGGUGGACUACAAGAGCCAUGAGUUCGACCCGUAAGGCCAUCCAGAUGUCGGCCAGGCGUGGAAAUAGCGCUAACACGAUGACAGAUCUCAGAUUGAGCCAGGAUGGUAUGGAGCAUCUUCUUUUCGCUGGAUGGUAAUAUGGAGAGACUGACGAUGCCAGGCACGCAUGGAUCUCAUACAUGGUCGAUAAGCCUCCAUCAGAAGACACUCUCCUCCAGCGCUCGAUACGACCAUGGGAGCCGACCGAGCACAAGCCAGUCUUGACUGCUACAAGAAGCGCGUUCAAGACUUUCAACACGUAUGUUUUGUGUUUUGCAAGGCAAGCGCUCCGACGAACGCAAGGCUGACUAUUAUUAGGACUAAGAACAAGUACACACCUUGGACACCUGUAGCAGCACCAAGAUGA